AUGGAAGAGCUUGAAGCCUGCGUCCUCUUCCCAUCGCCCAAGCAGCAGGAAACGCAGCGUCUCCGCGAACGCAACAGAAUCGCCAAGAGGGCAUCGAGAGCACGCCAACGGCAACGUGAGCAGCAUAGCGACACUACUGCGGACGUCGCAGUACAGCCAACGCCAACUGCAGGAGCAACUUCGCAGGACUUGGCGUCGCAAUUGCACCCGCCACAACACCCUGGUCCUGGUCUAGGUUCGGGUUCGGGCUCUGGCUCUGGUCCUGGUUCUGGUUCUGACUCCGCCUGUCUACGGGCCGAAGCGUCGGAAGACCUUGGCGUCUGGGCACUAGACGGCCCCCUGGAUGACCCUACAGCCCUGCCCUGGCCCUCUUCUCUCGAUGAGGACUGGCCUGGUUUUAGUGGUUCACUAGUGGACACGCUUAGCCCCCGUCAGCUCUCAGUCUCAGUCCCAGUCCCAGGGAUAUCUAACCCAGAGCCGCGAGCACCGCCUGCGUCGUCAAGUUCACUCACCUCCGACUCCAACUCCAGCGAUCUCAACAGUAGACCAUCUAGGCUACUCCACAUCGCUGCCCGCAAUGGAACGACGGGGAUUCUCCUCUCGCUAAUCAAGGCUGGCGCAGACGUGAACUCGCGCGACUGCUCCGGCACAACUCCCCUCCAUAUCGCUGUACGCUUCCGACGUGCGAGUGCUCUUGAGCUGCUGGUCAAUCACGGAGCAAAUAUCAAUGCCCGCGACUCGGCCAACAUGACGGCCCUCGAAGUAGCAGUCAGGGCUCAGGACGAAGAGCUCGUCAAUGUUCUCCUCUCUGGUGGAGCUGAGCUUCAUUAA